AUGAAGAAGAUCGAUGACGAUACUCUCGAGUCUCUCGUCCGAGCCAUGCCCGUCCAAACCUUCGAUCCAGGAGCGAUCGUUUGCCGACAGGGUGCCCGGGAUGACUGUGCAUACGUCAUUGUGGAGGGCUCGGUCAAUGUCUUCCAGGAGCCGGACCCGGAGACAGACCCGGACGGAGCCCAGGUUUUCGUGCGCCCCCUCACCAGAGGGCGCCUCUUUGGGGAGUUCUCCAUGCUCUGGAGCACACCACGGACCCGCAGCGUGUACGUGGACCAGCAGCAGGCAGUUCUGGGUGUGUUGACGCAGGAGGUUUUUCGCAACUUGGUGGUGCGCAACGAAAUGAAGGAACGCAGCCGGCGCGAGGCAUGCCUUCGUCGCUCAGCGAUGCUUGAGACGCUGGACGAUGAAGAGAUUGCGCAGCUGGCAGAUGCGCUGCAGAAGAAGUGCUUCGAAGAGGGCGAGGUCAUUGUCCGACAAGGUGACACCGGCAAUGAGCUUUAUGUGGUCCUGGAUGGUACCUGUGUGGUGACCGUAGAGACCGGGUCCAAGGACAGAGACAGAGACAUCCAGGAGUGCAAGCGAUGCUAUGCGGGAGACAUGUUCGGGGAGAAGGCUUUGCUGGAGAAGACAAAGCGUUGCGCCACGGUGUCCGCAGCCACGAAGGUGGAGGUGCUGGCCCUUCGGCGGGAUUCCUUCGAGCGAAUGCUUGGGCCCCUUAGCCAGCUGCAGAAGAUCCACUAUCUGUGUGAUCCAAGGCGCAGCAUCGCCGACUUCUACCUCCCGGGUGACCAGAGUGGCCCUGCAGGCGUCUGCAAAGAAAAGCACACAGGCGAGGAGACGGACGCGACCACCUGGUUCGCCGUGUACCGCCCAACCUCCCGUGAUGCGAUUGCCAAGAUGCUGAGCGGCGCGGCUGUUGGCAAGGGGCUGAACGUGAAAGGCAAGUCAGCCAAGAUGCCGAAUCGGCUGUCGGGAUUCGUGCCCUUCUUGCAGAUCAGCCAGGAGAGCCACAAGUCCGAGAUCGAAACGUCCCCAGCAGAUGCCCGUGUUUGCAUCUACUUUGCCUCGGAAAUGCUGCGUCAAAGUGCCAUGGUUCAGCUGCAAGCACUCCUGGAGACAAGCUCGCCCAUGGAGGAGCCGGAGAUUCGGCUCUUGGACCACUACGAAUCGGUGCCCGGCCUGGAUGUGCCUGAAGCCGUCGUGCAGCAGGCAUUCAUCUUGAAGCCUGACAUCCAGCCGGCUGUUGGAUGGGAGACAGGUCGCGUUUCCGAGCCCGCCUUCAUGGACAUGAACCUCCAGGCUUUGCGAGGCACCUCUCGGCCAAAGGUGGUCCUUUACCAAUUCGACCAGGAUAACCCAAUGAACCCACAUGGCCUACUCAUCGCUUAUGCAGAGAACACGGUGAAGCCGGUUGUGUCGGACUUCGACACCUUCCUGGUCGGAAGCCGCGGCAUGGACUACGAGCACCUAGCGCCGGAGCAAGCCGAGCUUUGCCUCUGGGCUUUGGACCACACUGAGAAGAUUCUGCGGUCACCCUCCACCUCCUCCUGGACAUCGCGAUGGUUGGAAGUCUUGAAAGAAGCGCACGAGAAAGGCUUCCACCCGCACAUUCCGGAGUUUGGGUUUGGCGAUGCGACAUCUUAUCGCUUGAUCGAGGAGGUGAUCAAGACCACGAAGGAAUCCGGCGCCAUCCGUCAUGGUGCAGAGUGCUUCAACUUCUACUUUCCGCAGGAGUUGGACACCAACUUCCUCGUUGUGUGGGAAGGCUUCCAUGAUAUCGACGGCAAGCCCUGGGCCUACAUGGAUGAGGACGAGCUCCGCGACUUCCUCACAGAGCGUGUCGAGGAGAACUACGCCCUGCCUCUGAAUCCGAUUUGGUGUGUUCGGGACCUCGGCUGGUUCGACAUACUGGAGCAUCAAAUUGAGAACCAGAGCUGCAAAGCAGCGCUGGAGGCCUGGUACCCAGAGCAGUCCGGCAUUCUUGAGAAGAUAAAGGCACUGCACGAGGAGUUCACAGAGGGCCUCGAGCUGAAAGCAAGCGCGGACAACGCGCGGCCUCUGGUCCGGACUUUGUCGCAUUGCCCUGACCUGGACAUGUCGGAGAAGGCCAUGCUGGCCAUUUCACAGGCGUCCUCUGCGGGGAGUAGGAUCCUCGUCUUCGGCGCCACCGGCAAGCAGGGUGGUGCCGUCAUCCGCGAGAUCCUGUCUGCCUUCGGCAGUACGGCCACUGUCUAUGCGGUGACCCGCGGCUCUUCCUCCCCAGCUGCUCAGAAGCUGGAGCAGCAAGGUGUCAAGCUCGUGAUCGGCGAUAUGGAGGACUCGCGCCCGGACUCCCCUCUGAAGGCCGCGAUUGCCGAGGCAAAGCCCACACACGUCUUUCUCAUGUCGAACGAGAAGGCGGCCAUGUUCUCGAAGGGCAGCGGCUGCAGUCAGGAGCUCGCGGCGGCAAACCGCAUGCUUGACUUCCUGGAGGCGUGCGGAACUGUGGAGUACGUGGUUAUGAGCUCGGUCGCUGGCUGCCACCAGGGGGCCCAAUAUUCGAUGCCGAACUUCAAGGUGAAGGAAGACAUCGAAGCCGCCCUGCAGAGCCGGUCGUCCCUGAAGUGGACGGUGCUUCGCCUGGUUACGCUCAUGGACAACUUUGUGGACAAAGAGUAUGGCGGAGCGACGAAGACAAGUGUCACGGGCUUGGCUAACAAUUCCACGAUGGAGAUGUGGUACGUGAGCUGCAGGGACUUGGGAGUGGCAGUGGCGACAUGUUUCGCCAAGCCCGACUUCGUCGGAAAGACCAUCAACCUUGCGAGCCAAAAGCUCAGCGGUGAAGAGAUCGCCUCGGUCUACGCCAAGGUGAUUAAGACAGAUGCCAAGGUGAAGUACACGCCAGUGAUGGGACCCUGCCUCAUGAGCAUGGGGUUCUUGAUGCCAGACUUCGUGGCGAUGCACAGGUACUGGGAGAAGGUUGGCUAUCCCAUCGAAGAGAGCGACCAGGAAGCCUUCAAAGCUCUGGUGCCUGAGCCCUGGACAAUCGAAGACUACUUCACGAGCCUUGGCGACAGAAUCCCAAUGUGA